AAGAAAUCAAAAAAGGAAGAAGAUCGAGAAGAGAGUUUAGAGAUAAAUUUCUUCCUGAUUUACUUCUUCACUUCCUCAUUUUCUCUUUCAUUCUCUCUCUCUCUCUCUCUCUCUCUCUUUCUUCCCCUCUUUUUGGACCAAUUCCAUUAUUCCAUCUCUCUUCUUAUUCUUCCUCGAAUAUACACGAGGGUGCGUCGCCGGUAGUCUAAUCUACACAACAUGGGCGGGUGCACGUCGAAGGAUACCACCUCGGCCGACGAUAAAAAAGAGAGCAAUAACAUGGUGGACCAAGCAGUAUUGGAUAAAUUGGAAGCUGGUUAUGCCAAGCUGGCCGCUUCCGACAGCAAAUCAUUAUUGAAGAAAUAUUUGACGAAGGAAAUUUUCGAUCAGCUUAAAACAAAGAAAACAUCCUUUGGUUCGACCCUAUUAGAUGUGAUCCAAUCUGGUUUGGAGAAUCAUGAUUCCGGCGUUGGUAUAUACGCCCCUGAUGCCGAGGCCUAUACCGUUUUUGCUGAUCUCUUUGAUCCGAUCAUCGAUGAUUAUCAUGGUGGUUUCAAAAAGACCGAUAAACAUCCUCCUAAGGACUUUGGCGAUGUUGAUUCCUUAGGAAAUCUUGAUCCGACUGGUGAAUUCAUCGUUUCGACUCGUGUAAGAUGUGGACGUUCAUUGGAAGGUUACCCCUUUAAUCCUUGCUUAACCGAGGCUCAAUACAAAGAGAUGGAAGAAAAAGUAUCAAGCACUUUAUCCGGUUUAACCGAUGAAUUGAAAGGAACUUUCUAUCCAUUGACCGGCAUGAGCAAAGAAGUACAACAGAAACUUAUCGACGAUCAUUUCCUCUUUAAAGAGGGUGAUCGUUUCCUUCAGGCUGCCAAUGCUUGCCGUUUUUGGCCAACCGGUCGUGGAAUUUUCCAUAACGACACUAAGACCUUCCUCGUUUGGUGCAACGAAGAGGAUCAUCUUCGUAUUAUCUCGAUGCAGAUGGGUGGUGAUCUUGGACAGGUAUAUCGACGUCUGGUCAGUGCCGUUAAUGAUAUCGAGAAACGACUUCCAUUCUCUCAUAAUGAUCGUUUCGGGUUCUUAACAUUCUGCCCGACUAAUCUUGGUACGACGGUACGUGCAUCGGUACACAUCAAAGUACCCAAGUUGGCAGCAAAUAAAGAGAAACUUGAACAAAUUGCCGCUCAAUACAAUCUUCAAGUACGCGGUACCCGCGGUGAGCAUACCGAGGCUGAGGGUGGUAUUUAUGAUAUUUCUAACAAGCGUCGUCUUGGAUUGACCGAAUAUCAAGCUGUCAAGGAAAUGCACGAUGGCAUUGCCGAAUUGAUCAAGAUUGAAAAGGAGCUCUAAAUAAAUUCAAGAGAAGGGAAAAGAUAAAAGAGGGAAAAAAAUGAAAAGAAUAUUAAGGAAACACAUCCCACAAAGAAGAAGAUACACACUCCUCUUUAAGUGAUGAUGGAUAUCUAUAUAUAUAUUAUAUAUUUUCCAGUGUUUUGAAUUAUUAUUAUUAUUAUUAUUAUUAUUAUUACUAUUAUUAUUACUAUUACUAUUAUUAUUAUUAUUAUUAUUAUUAUUAUUAUUUUCUUUUUUUUCCCUUUGUCUUUUUUUGUUUUAUUUCUCUCACAUUACUUGUUCCAAUGCAAAAGCCAAUUCCUGCGAGCUUCUUUUUUCUUUGUUGUUUCUUUUAAUUCUCUUUCUCUUUCUCUCUCUUUCUCUCUUUCACUCAUCUCAUAUUUUAGUUUUAUUAUAAUUCCUAUUUUUUUUCUCUCUUUGUUAGUCUUUAUCAUUAUUCAUAGACAUUCUUUCUCUUUUAAUCUUUUUUCUUUUUUUUUUUCUUUUUUUUUUUUUUGUUGUUAACAACAAACAUAAUUAUUAAAGAGCAUGAGUCGAGAUUUAGUAGGAGCGUUUCAAAAGAACGCGCAUAUUCCAGCUAGCGCUUUUGCAGUAGUUACACAUUACCAGGUUGUACUGAUGAUGAUGAAUAAUGAUGAUGAUGAUAAUAAUGAUGAUGAUGAAUAAUGAUGGUGACGAUGAUGAUAAUGAUAAUGAUGAUUAUAGAGGAUAUGAGGUUGAUGAAGAAGACGAAUUUCAGAUCACAAAUAAAGAAACAUACACAUUUUA